AGAACAUAUAUAGAGGACUAUCUAGCUGACGUGGCUGUAUUGGAUUGAGGCGUAAUUGAUUGAUUGAUUGAUUGUUUUCUUCUUAUGCAUGUAUUGAUUAGUGGAUGCUCUGAAUAAGAUUAUUGACCAUUGGAAUUUGAGGAGCAAGUUGAAUCUAAGCAUGGACCCCUGUACUCAAAAUGCUCCUUGGGCACCAGACCAAGCUAAUCCUAGGGUUGCUUGUGACUGUUCUGCUACUAUCUGCCAUAUUACACAUUUGAAAAUUUAUGCCUUGGACGUCUCUGGUGAAAUUCCUAAUGAACUUUUUCUGCUAAAAGAAUUGAUGGACUUGAAUUUGGGUCAAAAUGUUAUCAAUGGGACCAUUCCAGCUGAAAUCAGACAGUUAUCAAAGAUGCAAUACUUGAGCCUUGGCAUUAACAAUCUCACUGGUCCUGUGCCUGCAGAACUUGGAAGUCUAACCAAUUUGAUCUCCUUAAGUUUUAGUUCAAAUAAUUUCAACGGGCCCUUGCCACCUCAGCUUGGAAAAUUAAUCUCCUUACAGCAGCUGUAUAUUGAUAGCAGUGGAGUGAAUGGUCCAAUUCCAGGGGAGCUAUCAAAUUUGAAGUCCCUCGAGAUUCUGUGGGCAUCUGACAAUCGUUUUACCGGAAAGCUCCCUGAAUUCUUCGGGCACUUUAUGAACUUCCAAGUCCUGAGACUAGAGGGAACACUUCUUGAAGGACCAAUUCCAAGCAAUUAUGGUGUCUUAAUAAAACUACAAGAUUUGAGAAUUGGCGACCUGCGUAAUGAAGAUUCUUCUCUGGAUUUCAUUCAGAACUUGACGAGUAUUUCCAUAUUAUCAUUGAGAAAUUGUCGAAUUAUUGGCCAACUACCAGAGAAGCUUAGCUCUUUUGGGAACUUGGAAAUUCUGGACUUGAGCUCCAACAAGUUGACAGGUCAAAUACCAAGAUCAUUUCAAGACUUUGCUUCAUUACGAUUCUUAUAUCUAGGAAGCAACAACUUGAGCGGCGAGCUACCUCCCAAUAUCAUGAGUUCCAAUCUCACUGCCUUAGAUGUUUCCUUUAAUUCUCUUUCUGGAGACCUAACACCAAAAAGAUCGGGUUUAUCAAUGAAUGUUUUUGGGACUUCCAUUACUGAAAGAACUUCAGAUGGAAGCACGGCUUCUUCAGCUUUAUCGUGCCUGCAAGGGAACACCAGGUGCCUCGACAUAGUUAGUUCGUCUUCCUUUUCCAUCAACUCUGGAGGAACGGAAACAGAAUCUGCAGAUGGCACCAAAUACGAUAACGACUCAGAGACAUUAAGUGCAGCCUCGUUUUACAUGAGCCCCAGUAAUCGAUGGGCAGUGAGCAGCUCUGGCAUUUUCAUUUCCAACCCACAUGGACAAAACUAUAUAGCUGAGACAGGUUCUCAGAUCACAAGCACAUUAGACUCCGAGCUUUAAAAAAGUGCUAGGAUAUCGCCUAAUUCAUUGAGGUACUAUGGUUUUGGAUUGAGCAAUGGAAGAUACAAAGUAGAACUUCAUUUUGCUGAGAUACAGAUGGAUGAUUCUCACUCUUGGAAAGGCCUCGGGAGACGGUUAUUUGAUGUUUACAUUCAGAUUUUUUGCAAUUGAUGAAGGGUGAAAAGGUUCUUGAAGAUUUUAACAUUCAGAAAGAAGCAGGUGGAUCAAAAAGAGCUAUAGUUAAAACAUUUGAGGCAAAUGUGACAAACAGAAUGAUGGAAAUCCAUUUCUUGUGGGCUGGAAAAGGAACAUGUUGCAUUCCUUUUCAAAGCACUUAUGGUCCUUUAGUCUCUGCAAUCCAUGUCACUCAAGUGGCUACAAAUGGUGGUUCUUCUAAAAGCAAAAAGAAACGCGUCGGAAUAAUAUUUGGAAUUGUAGCUGGAAGUGCAGCAGGUAUACUGAUAGUUUCUUCAGUUUUCUACCUAUGGUGGGCAAAUAGAAGAGGACCAACACAUAUGAAAGUUGCAACUGACUCACCAACAAAAGGAUAGUUUGAAGCUUAACUAUCCCCAGCAUGUAUGGUAUAUGACCAAAUAAAAAAUUUUAAGUUUAAGACGUCUGUCGAUAAAUGAUUGGACUGUUUUCCAGUUUUCUUGAGAAUCAAAUAAAACUACAUAAGUUAUUCGGUUG